AUGGCACGCCUGGCCUCCCAACUGCAGGAGGAGGUGACCUGCCCCAUCUGCAUGGACAUUCUACAAGAUCCUGUCACCAUUGACUGUGGGCACAACUUCUGCCUGCAGUGUAUCAGUCAGGUUGGAAAAUCGUCGGAAAAUAUCCAGUGUCCUCUCUGCAAACUCUCUGUGAGUAAGAGCACGUUCAGGCCCAACAAGCUGCUGGCUAGUCUCGCAGAGAAGAUCCGGACUAUGGAUCCUUCUGACAUCCAAGCAGAAAAGGAAGACUCAAGAUGUCAGAGGCACAAGGAAAAGCUACAUUACUUCUGCGAGCAGGAUGAGGCGUUCCUCUGUGUGGUGUGUCGUGACUCCAAGGACCACAAGACCCACAAUGUCACCUUGAUAGAUGAGGCUGCCCAGAACUACAAGGUGCAGAUUGAGUCACAGGCCCAGGAUUUGGGGCAAAAGGACAAGAAAAUAAUUGAAGAGAAAAAACGAGGUGAAGGGGCAAUCUGGGCGUUCAGGGCCCAAGUGGAUCUAGAGAAACUAAAGAUCCUUGAGGAAUUCAAGCUCCUGCGCCAGAGACUAGAUGAGGAAGAGAGUUUCCUCCUGUCCAGGCUGGACUGGCUAGAGCAGCAGGGAGCCAAGCAGUUGAAACAAUAUGUCACUGUGACAGAGAAGCAGCUGAACUCACUAAGGAAGCUCACUAAAUCCUUGAAAAUAAGGCUGCAAUCACCAUCCAUAGAGCUACUAAAGGACAUUAAAGACGCCUUGAGCAGGGGUAAGGAAUUUGAGUUUCUCAACCCAAACCCAGUUCCUGAGGACCUGGAGAAAAAACGCAGUGAAGCAAAAUCAAGGCAUGAGACCAUCAUAAAAACCCUGACAGAACUCAAAGACAACAUGAAUGCCGAAGGGAAGAGAGAUAAAAGCGCAUUUGUGAACAGCCUGAAUAAAGAGGAAAGGGAGAGCUGGAGCCUGCUCCAGAAGAAUAACUCAGUGUUGUCCACCUCAGUCCCUGUGACCCUGGACAAGUCCUCAGCUGACCCAGACCUCACCUUUUCUCAGGAUCUAAAGAAAGUGACCUUGUAUAUUGUAGCUGGAAAAGCUUCCAAUAGGCAGGCAAAACCUCGACCAUUCUACCCUUUCCACUGUGUGAGGGGUUCCCCAGGCCUUUCCUCAGGCCGUCAGGUGUGGGAGGCAGAAAUCCAGGGGCCCUCGGGUGGGGCAUGCAUUGUGGGCGUGGCUACAGAGUUGGCGCGAGGGUCCCAGAUACAAAACGUGAAUGAACAGAGCUACAUAUGGGCACUGCGGAUCUCGCCCUCUGGAUGCCAGCCAUUCACCAAUUGUAAAGCCCAGGAGUCCCUCCAGGUCUGUCUUAAAAAAGUGGGUGUCUAUGUGAAUUAUGACUGUGGAGAGGUCGUCUUCUAUGAUGCUAUCACUAGAAAACACAUCUAUACUUUCCAAACUUCCUUUGAUGGGAAGGUCUUCCCCCUUUUCGGGCUCCAAGUUGCCUGCAGCCAUAUCACCCUGAGCCCUUAG